AUGGUACUGGGCCGGAAGGGCCGACCGAUGUUGCUGAUGGGUGGAUACGCUUUCUUCCGGAAUAAUAGCAACAAAAACAAAACAUAUUGGCUGUGUUCGAAGAGUCGGUCGCUCAAGUGUCGAGCCCGUAUCAUUACGCUGGACGGGAGCGCAGAUUCGGGCCCCGUAACGUCCGUCCAGAGCCAGACCAAUGCAACAAAAAAUCAAACAAAUCCGGUGGAUAAAACGCCCCGGCACCCCGCAAGACGUCCUCCGAAGAGGCGGAAAUACCCCAAAGCUGAGGAAAUACUUGCCACUAGAACGGGAACCCCGGUUGUGUUCCUGAACUCACGCUUCGGUGCUGCCCCGGUGCUACUGGACGAUCAAACUUAUCAGUUCUGUUUCACUCAAAAGCAAAUAUCCUUCUAUCGUUGUGCGCAGUUUCGGAAGUCAGACUGUCCCUCUCGGGUGAUGGUGAAGGACGGUGUCGUUUACUAUGUUUGCUCGGAACAUAGCCACCUGGAGAGCACAGCGCCUCCGGUUGACUCUGGUGGGAUUUAUUCCAGAUCUGGCGGAAAAAAAUGAUACAUAUUGGCCUUUACACAUAAUUUUUUUCUCAUAUAAAUGGAUUUUUUAUACGUUUGCUCGGUUUCUUGUGGUUAGACUCACUCAAGAGCAAUUAACAGUUUAAGUAGGAAGUAUGAAUACCAUCCACUAGAAUCAAAAUAAUAUAACGGUUCUUAAAAGUAACAAUAAUCAAUUUUUCAAUACAGUUUUCUGUUGGACUCAUCUAGUUAUCAUUGACAGAACCAUCUUAAAGAAAACAUUUAUCUGCUUUGUU